UUUCAUUACAUGUUGUGAUCCAAUUUUUGGCCAAUUAUGUUGUGUUGGCUCUAUUUAUACCUCCAUGGUUGGCUGAACACAUGAAGAUACAAUACAUCCAUCAUGGAGGUAUAUAUAAUGGCCAAGUCCAAAGUUAUGAUCACUGGCGCAUCCGGAUUGUUUGGUCGUGCUAUCUCCAGGGAGUUCUCAGGGCACAGCAACUGGGAUGUGUUGGGACUCGCAUUCUCGAGGGCUAGAGAUGGCAUGAAAAAGGUAGACUUGACGAAGCCAGAGGAGGUUCAAGAGGUGAUGCAAAGUUACAAGCCAAAUGUUGUGGUGCACGCUGCUGCUGAGAGGAGACCAGACGCUGUGGAAAAACAAGAAGAAGCGGUCAAGCGUCUCAAUGUUGAUGCCACAACCACUCUUUGUGAAGAAGCCAGUAAAGUUGGAGCAUGGGUCCUGUACAUCAGUACAGAUUAUGUGUUUGACGGAGAGUCACCACCAUACCAAGUUGAUGCAGAAACCAACCCCAUCAACAAGUAUGGAAUAAGCAAACGGAAUGGAGAAAUAGCUGCUCUUGAUGUGUCCAAAGAGAACUGUGUAUUGCGAGUCCCUAUACUGUAUGGUCAGGUGGAGACAUUAAACGAGAGUGCUGUAACCUGUCUAUUUCCACCCGUCAUGGAUACGAGUAAACCAUGCAAGAUGAACGAUUUUGAGAAAAGAUAUCCAGCCUCUGUUGAUGAUUUAGCGGUUGUCAUCCGACAGUUUGCAGAACAAAAAAUGAAGGUUUCAAGUUUAAACGGAAUUUUCCACUACAGCGGCACUGAACAAAAGACAAAAUACGAAAUGGCCUUGGCGAUGGCGGAGAUUUUCAAUAUCACAACAGAACAUAUCAUCGCGGAUAAAGAAUCGGUAUCGGGUGCCAAGAGACCCUAUGAUACUCGUCUAGAUUCAUCGAGACUGGAACUUUUAGGUAUUGGACAAAGGACACCAUUUAAAGAGGCGAUUAAGAAAUGCUUGGAACCAUUCUAUUCGACAAAAUAAGUGGCAAUUAACCCUCACGGUUGAGGCUAAAAUUAAUGAUGUGAUAGUUUAUGAGUCUGGAAUAUCUCGUCAAGCAAAGGGUAAUGAAUGUCCAUCAUUAGAGUCUGUCAAAUGAGACUAUAAAACGGUCCCUUGUACCUGUGUGUUUAUUUCCAGGUCAAAUAAAAGACCCCCACAGGGACUUGCAAACCUGCGGCAAAACGCCAAUACAUACAUAAGUACCAUAAGUCAGAUUGAUUGGUAUAACA